ACCCGCGGGCGGGAGAGGCGGAGAGGCGGGCGGGGGGACACCCCUCGCCUCCUCACACUCCCCGGCCCGGCCCGGCCCGUUGCGGCUCCCUCGGCGCUGCACAAGUCGAUAGGCGCGGGGAGAAGUGAAGAUGUAACCACUUAUUAUCUCCCCCCGGAGCGGGCGGGGGAUUUACGGGCAGAGAUUAGCCGGCGGGGAGACGGGAUCUGCCUUUUGUUGUGCUGCCUCCCCCCGCCCCCGGGCAGCGUCGAGGGGAGCGGAGAGGGUCUCGCCUGCCGGGUUGGCCGCGGGGAGGGAGGAGGUGGCCGCAGAACAAAGGUGGUGACUAAGGGACCCCACUUUAAACACAGCCCAGAGGAGCAGAGAGUGCCGUGUCUGGAUGUCUGGCGGGACGGGGUGAAGGAGCCCCGGCCUGGGGUGGCAGCGGGGCCGAGGGGAUGUGACAGCCCCGGCCUGUCACGCCUGGGCACCCACCGCUCACUCCUGGGCUGGUUUCAGUCAAGGCUCCUGACUUCCACAAUCCCCGCAGAGGAUGACACCGGGCUUCGGGAAAAGUGGCCACUUAGCUCUUUCUUUUUUGUUGUUUCGGAUGGACUUCUGGUGGUGCUUUUUAAGUUCUCUUCCAGAUGAAAAUGAAUUGCAUGCUCAGUGUGUGCACGCACGCUGCUUGAGCAAACGGCUCUAUCAGUGGUCAUAUCUUAAAGCAACAUUAAACAAUUACCUUUAUAUUUAAAAGUUUGAAAUAUUUAUACUGCUGUUUCACUUUGUCAAGUGUUUGCACAGAUAGAUAUAUAGAUAUGAUCUGGUAACUAAAAGCCUAAUUAAAAUUUGUUUAAAGCCAGGAGGGCAUGUAUUCUUGUUGACAGCAGCAGAUCGAUAGGGUAAGACAAUAGAGCCCCAUUAUUUUACUUCCAUUGACUGAACAUAUUGACAUUUCAGGUUUGCGAUUGCCUCAGUGAGCAUGAUGAAACACUGAAAUUCAUGAACCAACUGUCUGGAGUGGCACAUAUAUUACUGUAUGUCAUCUCUGCCUUCAGGUUACCUUAUCACUGAAGCAGAAUGGUAAUGGAUGGCAGCAGAGUACUUCAGGGGGGUGAGGGCUCUAUCAGUUAAGAAGCUGACACAUAGCAGGUUUCAGGAGUAUCUUUAAUUACACCUAGAAUUAUGUACAAAGGAAGAUGGUCCUUAUUACCUGCUGCUGCACUUCAGAGUUUACAGGCUCAGAAGCAGACGGGGUAACAAGGUACUUAUGUGUCAUUUUUUAUAUAUGUGACUUGAUACCUUUAACUUUUGCAGGAGCCCAAGGAUUUCUGGUUGUGCUGUUUGCAUGCUUGCCAUGUUCCCCAAUGGCAGCAUCUCAAACCAGUCUUGAUGCUCAAGUUCUAGAGCAUCUGCUAGACCUUCUCCCAGUCUGAAGACUGCAAGGGAAACAAAGAACAACUUUGAAAUAAAUCAAUGCCCUUUGAAUUUCUCUCCCCUCAACAUGUUCAAACGACAGUGCUCAGAGAGUUCAAUGCAGUGAGACUAUAGCGGAAUGAAACAUACAUGCCUAUAUGUAUAUCUAUAUAUAUACACACACACACACACAUUUUUCCCUUGCUAUAAGCACCAUAAAAAGAAAUGUCUGUGCAAUAUGUGCACAUGAAUGCAUAAUUGUAUAUAUCAGUUUAUACAAUUGCAUAUAAAUGCGUAUAUAAAGAAGACCUCUGUCUGCAGAGCAUGCAAUGUGUUUAUUAUUUCAGAGGCUUUCACAUCAUCUUUAAAAUCUAGCUGACUGUAGAAUGGAACCCAUCAGGGUAAUGCAGAGAUAGAGACUGAAAUUAAUUUAAAGCAGACAAAGAGCAAAUACAGAAGAGCUGUUAUGAUUUAACUAAUUUUUAAAAGUAAGUGGACUGAAAAUAUAAAAUGUAUUUUGUGUGCCAUCUACUCAGCAAUUGUUGCCAUCAAGUGGACUGCCGAUGCCCUUUAAGAUGGUAAAAAGAAAGCUAGUCCUUUAUACCAUUUUCCUGAAAAUGUUAGGUUUCUGUUUGAUCAGCAGGUGCUGUUGAGAUGAAAGCCAUGUGUAAAUUUUCAGAAGGCCAAAAGUGUCAAUUCAGAAAAGGAAAGUGAUAAGAGAAAAUGCAAUCAGUUUUCCUGUUUUCAAUUUGUGCAGGAUUUGAAGAGCUGUUUUGUUAAACUGCUACAUCUGCUCCAAUAUGAAUAUUGAACUACUUCCACUAAAAAUAACACCCUAUAAUUUGGAAGCCAUUGCAAUCUUUUGUUAAUGCAAGUGGGUUAUUUGAAAAAAAAAUCUAUUCUGAAAAAUCUCCUGCCUAAUGUGCAUUUUUGUUUAUCGGCACUUUUAUCUUCAGCAGAUAAAAUGGCAUUAUGCAAUUAGGACCAUAUCUAUUUGAACUGGAAAAAUGACACUGGAUAGUUGAAUGUCACUAUGUUGGUAAAAGGAUUUAACUCGUACUUUUAAAAUAAUUUUAUUAAUAAACUAUGAUUGUAUCUUAAAAUGACAUGUGACUGUUUCCCCAUUGCAGCAACACAGCUUUAUGUACUACUGAGGACCUUGAGCAAUGUAAAGGAAGUUCAGUAUAUGACACAACAUUCUUUGGCUUGUUUCAUUCCUGAUAUACCUGCAAAUCUUAAGUUUAGGCUCAUCAAGGACAUUUCAGUUAAUGGGGAUUUUGGAGUAACUUUUUCCAUGGUAAAUGAAAUAAUGGAGUCAUAUUUGAAUGCAUAUAUACAAAAAUAUUCAUGGUUGUGGAACUGCUAAUCCAAGUGAGUUCUAUGACUUGGAAAGCAUAGUGGUGGUAGAGCAUACAUUUUCUAUCACAAGCAUCUCUGGAGAACAUAACACUGUUGCUUUUUAAAAAAACCCACAAACAAAAAAAUCCGACAAUAACCUAAUGGAAAAUAUAUGUGCUUGUUAAUUUUAUAAAUAAGGAUCUAAAUGAAGAAGGGAUAAUUCACUGUUACAUCUAUGGAGCACUGUGUACAUAACAUGAGUAAAUGUGCAGAAUAGAAUGAGAGCUUUUAUUGUUUUAUUUCAACAUAGCAAAUUACCUGGUUUUAAUAUUAGAAUGGGUUUUAGCUGUUGAAUUCUAAUCUAAUCUAGUAGUCAGGAACAAAUUUUUUUGGUAAGUGUUUGCAUGGGAAAAGGCCUUGCUGAUGCUUCUGUUUGGUUUUGCAAUUGGAUUUGUACACUUUUGACCUUGGGGGAUUUUCCUCAAAGUGAUCUACAGAUCAGAAAUAAUUAAAAUUCAAUAAACUGAAAUUUAAAUAUAGAAUGGAUUCUGUGUGAGAUCCGUGCUUGUGGUAGGUUGUCUAGAAGUCUGUGGUAUGUCUACUUUAUAGUUUGUAUUCCCCAGCAUAACUGUGUGCACACAUGUGCAUAAAUUUAUGUUGAAUGACAGAGAGAUAAUUAUUUAUACAGAUUUUAUCCAAAACUCUGUGCUCUCCUGAAACACAACAAAAAGCCUCCCUCCCCAGAAGAGUGUUUACAUCCCAUGACAGUCACUAGAUUCAAAUCUUCUCAACAUGAAAGUUGUUUCCUUUCCUCCAAACCUUCUUUUCCCCAACAAAGCUAACCCUGUUAAACCUCACCUUCUGUGGGAUGUAUACAUAGUUAUAGACAUAUGUACGAGAAGUAAAUAUUACAGAAAACAUGGCCGAUUGGGGCAAAAUGUCUGUAGCCUUAAAUAGCUGGUGAUAUCUGCCAACAGCAGGAGCGGCGCUGAGGAGGCCCUACCUCGGCUGACCCGGGGAUGUGAGAGCCUUGGGGAGCCUGGCGUUCGUGCUCCGUGCCUACGUGGGGCUUUCUGCUCGCAGAUACUGCCGAGCAAAUGCUCUGGCACUGUGUGUGAGAGCAGACUGCCUACCUGAAGAGUUUUGAAACCAAGGAGCUUUUUACUUUGGUCGUGGGAUUUUCUGCUACUUUGCACAGGGGUUGGCGUGGAGCCCUGCCCCAAAAGAAAGAUUAUAGCUGCAUGCAGGGUGUCCAGAUUUUCUUAUCUAAAUGUUCUGAACACAUCCAUGGGAGUGUUCUGUUUUCUUGAUCUUUGCCAGAAAUGCUGCAUACAGUUUUGCUGUUCCUGUUGAAUAGUUGCCAUAUUUAACUCCACUGGUUGUGAAUGGAAAUGUGAAUGCUCUAAUGUUCCCUCUUGUUUUCCGUAACACAUUUCGGGAUGCCUGGAAAAGGAAGGCAUCCGAGGUACUCGAAAGUAUUUCAGAAUACACAAAAAGAAUUUAAUAGAAGUUCUGAAACUUGGGUUGUUUAUAUGUAGUUUUUGGACAUGUGUGAUAAGUUGACUUAUUUAAGGGAUAUGUUUUUAUACUCAGUAUUAUUUCUCAAAUGUAGUGUUCUUGAAAGUACAGUUGUGUUGUAGAACUGUACAGCAACAAUAUUCCUGCAUGAUCCCACGUUGUAACAUGCUGAUUUGGGAUCCUCAUGGGAAAGCUCAUGAUUCCUUUAAUCAUUUUGGAAGGCAUUUGAUUCAUUUUUAUGUUUAUCAAGACAGGUAUACUCUGGCACUUAUAGUAAAGUAAAAGUGCAAGGUUCAUGGAGGAUAGAUAAUAGGUUCUUUUGGAAAUUAGGUUGCAGACUGGAAAGACAGAAGACUCCACCUAGUGGAGUGGAAUUAAUAUGCACAUGGUGGCAGGCAGCGGUGUGUAAUAAAAUAGGUAUCAUUUAUGGAGAGCCAAGUUGCUACAGAGAGUAAAGCCCAGGAAUUCAGACAAGCAUAUGAGGUUGUAUGACCAUUACAUAUUGUACCAGGCUGUAGAUACUUCUGGAGCUCUAGGAGGCUUAUGUGUGUCUGCCAUGUUGGAUGUUAAUAUGCAGUUUGCAUAAGUAGUAGGCAUUACCACUAUUUUUUUUUUCUUUUGUAGUGCCUUUUAUUUGGAAAUCUGCUGUCUACAUUUUUUGAUUUCUGAUGACCCCACAGGUGCCCCUUUUGGUUGUGGCCCAGGUGUCAUUUUAAAUACCUCGGGGGAAAAAAAAAAAGUUCCAACAAUUCAGCCCCCCAAACAUCACCACUUUUCCCCCACAAUUGCUUAUUUUUUAAAAUACCUUUUCUAUUUUUUUCUUCUUUUACUUUGGUAAUGGCAGUAUCAGAAUGUUAGUUCUGCAUGUUACCAUGACAGGUUUUGUGGCAUGUUGAAUAAGGCUGUGUGUGCUUUUUGGGAGUCACAAGUUUAACAAACUCUGAUGAAGCAUCAGACUAUAUAGGGUUUUGUGCCUGUGCUUUACUGUCCCAUUAGUUUGGUCACGUUGUGCUACUGGGAUGUAGUAAAAAGAAUUUUAAAGCUGAGAUGUGAGUGAACAUCUAUCCUGAGCAGCUAAGAUAUUGUUCUGAAAUCCUCUUGGAAAAUGCAUUCUAACAUUGAAUCACACAGGCAUUAGACAAGUUCAGGAAGAGAAUUCUCCAAGACCAGCUCAGGCUUUGACAGUGAGAGGGUGAGGCUAUUGCCAUAAAGUGGGAUGAUUAGGGUGCAGCAGAGGAGACAAAAUGCUGCAAAGGAUAUUUGGGAAGAGUGCUCCAGAGGAGCGCUUCCAGUGAAAUCCAGGUGGGGUUUGUUGCCAGAGCCAUUAAAGCAUAAUGGUGCCAGAAAAAGCUGCCAACAAAUGUGGGAAUAAUGACACCUAUGGGUGUGCUGUCAAUGGAUGGUACUGCCAGGAUGAUUUUUUAUUUUAUUUUAAUGGUGACAUUGCUAAAAGUAUUUAAGGGUAGUGUUAUAGGAAGUGUUUUAGUGAUUGAAGUCACUGGGUUCCAGGAACCAUUAAGCAAAACCUGUUUCAUGACUCUACUAUUUAUUGUUUUAAAACUUGAUGGCAAACCACUUAAUGCUGGAAAAGCAGGCUGCAACCUGUAUUAAAGCAUGCUACAGGUGCACAAGGAAACCAAUCUACUGAACUGAAUAGCCCAAGGUAGUUUCUGAAUGUUGUUCACAUUUCAUGUGCACCAUGAUAAAUUAAUGCAACUCCAUGGAUCAGCAGACCUUGUACACAUUGAAUUAGAUACUGGAACUCAGAUCUUACGUGGUACUCCCAAACCUAGUUCUCACUGAAGUCAGUGUUUCUUUAGUUAAAAUGCCAGUUUAAGGAGCUGGACCUUCAGGAUUUCUGUGCUCCCAUCUUAUGUCUGUGAUCUUGACAAUACUUUUUUUAGAUUGGCUCUCAGACUUAGUUCUAGAUCUCUCCCUAAUAAAAUGGGCUAGCUCAGGUCUCAGUGUAAAGAAGAGCAUUCUUUUUGAAUUGUAAAUUACAGACUUCCCUGACAAGACUGCCAUAUAAAGGAAAGAAAAAGCCUAUUCCUUUCAUAAUAGUGCUUACAGAUUCCUAUUGAGUCCAUUGGGCCAGGAUUCUCAACUGGUCUAGCCCAAGAUCUGUUUUAAAUUGUGUUUUAGCCUGCUCCAGACUUUCAGACAAGUUCACAGCUAUAGUAAAUACCAGCUACAGUAGUUAGAAGGGCGGGUAUCAAUGUGCAAUUUUCCUUCCACAUUCUGGGAUUUAUUGGUCUCACCCUCUUCACCUGGGGAGCUUCUGAUGUUAAUUUUUUUGUUUGUUUGUUUGUUUGUUCGUUCAUUUGUUUUUAGGUCCAGGCCUAAAUUUCACUAUCUCUUACAGAGCUAUUAUUGGCCACUAUUGUUUUUAUUAUUCCAUGGCUUCUCUGGGAAGAGAAGGAUGGGCAGGACCUCAGUGACAUUGCCAGAGCAAGUCAUCAGUGGCCAUAUCUGCCCCUUAGGAGGUCACAGGAAACAGGUGGCUGUGUUAAUUGUCCUCACUCCCAACUCUUGUCCUUCCUGGAGGGAAUUUAGAAGUGGUCAGGAAGUGUCAGACCUACUGUGUCCCCCCAGGUUCACUACUUCAGGCAUUCAUAAUAAUUUGAGGUAUGUGCCAAGCAAGGGAGACUGUCUGGGAAUCCCUUCUGUCCUUUUGAAGCUGAGUGACUACCUGGCUGGGAAGGCAGAAUGCUGUUGCUGCAGAGUAUGUUUGGGAUUGCAGCUGGAAUCCAGCAGAAUAACAAUUCUAUUUUUAAAAAAGUAUUUCCCUAUCAUAUACUGUUUUUCUUCUUUCAAGAUAUGCAUAAAAAGUCCUAGGUAAGCAAACUACAAAUACUCAAGAGGCACAUGAAAUAUUUCUGGAAACUAUGAGCCACUUUUAUCUGGUGAAUUGAGGAUGGAGAAUGUCAGUGUAUUUUCUUCUUAGGCCAGUUUUAUUUGUCUUUGUUGCAACUGCACCAUCAGUAGUCAUGGAUCUCUAAAUGACACUCAGUCCUGUGCUUUGGAAAAUCAGUUAGGGUCUUUCUACUUUAUAUGAGCUUCUUGUUAACAGCUUGCUUGAUUUUUUUUUUGCCAGUGAAGGUGCACAGCAUUGCUGAGUAUCUCACUGCAAAUGCGGCACCCAGCGCUGUAAGCCAGAUUUUGAAUUACCAGUAAUGUUUCUUUAAAAUGUCUUUUGGAAAUUAUUCACUCAUGUUGGAAGUGAUGUGAGUUAAGUGAUAAAUACACUAGUUAUUUAUUUGCCGUAUGCAUUUUGGGUGAAAACUGAGCUUCUGCUCAGGUGUACUCUUGAUAUUACUGAGACUACUUGACUAAAUAAGGUGGGCUGCAGGAUUAUGUAGUUGGUGAAUCACACUGGUUUCUGAAUCACUCUUAGAAAAUACCAGCCUGAAAUGCUAGCAGAUAAUGAACACAUUGUGCUUGGACUGGUACAUUAUUUAAAGAAUAGCAUUUUAAAGUAGAAUAUUUUGUAAAAUGUUAGUUUAAGAACCAUUUUGCAAUUUACUUCCAUCAAACCCAUUGUGCCAGGAAAAAUACCUCCUUCAGAAGGGAAAAGGUGUCAGUAUUGUGGAAGAAUAUCUGAUUUUUAUCCAGCUAUUUGUUAUUUAAGCUCCCUUCUUUUCAGUGCAAGGAGAUCAGCUGACAACAGCAGCAACCAAAUCAUGUUUGCAGCUGGGCAAUUACAGUAGACCCUAAGAUCUGCAACUGUCAACCAUGAACGCAGAUGCCUUCAAAGUUCUGUUUUUCUUCCGUGUGGAAGUCGUUGGCAUGGAACAGAUGCCUUCAUUUUGGAGAAACCAACUGCUGGAUAUAAUUGGUUCUCUCUUGUCUUGUCCUCUAGGGACAGUCUCUCGCAGAUGAAAUUAGAUGAGAGGAAAAAAAAAAAAAAGACACAGGCACACACACUCGCACAUGACAUGAAGCAGGAGUUUUCAGGAUCCCUCUCUGUUUUGUCACGUGGAACUGUUUUCAGCUGGAAGAUUUCAUUCCAUUUUUAGCACUCUACACACACACAUGAUGAUGAUGUUAUAAGAAAAACAUGCAAAUGAAAAUACGUAUCUGGCCAAAGUUUAUUAUUAAUCUAGGCAUGCUUGUUUAGAAAUAAGACAAGCAUAUCCAUCCCAUAUUACUUAAGUGUUAAAUGUUGACUUCUGCGAUAUCUAUUAGUGCUGCAGUCUCAGAAAUUUAAAGUUAAGUCUCAGAAGAGACAAGAUGCUUUAAAAACUGUUUGGUUGCAGUGGUGGAAUCAAAGUUUUAUCAAACAAUUUGGUAGUGGUUAACAUGGGAGGAAAAAAACAAGUAGCAGACUUCAAAAUUCACCUUGCAGUACAGGCAUUCAAUUCAGAAUGCAUCUUUACAGGAACUUCAGCAAAGUUAGUCUGAUGGACACCUGUGGUGUGCUAUUUCUGGGAGCCCUGUGGUGGGGUACUGAAGUGACUGUGUCCUCUUACUGCAGGCACCGAAAAUGAGAUGAUGGCAAAUGGACUUGGAGGCUAUAACAGAGAGGGAGAAUCUGCUUACCCUGUGCCUGUCAAAGGGUUUCUGUCAUCCCCUCUCUGCCUCGGUGUAACAGCUACCAAAUCAUUGUGGUUUGUGUUACUUAAUUAUGCUGUUAAAAUAAAUUUAUACCAAUUUUAUGUUACCUUAAUAGGCUCAGUUGUGAACUGUUGACAGUCAGGCAGUGCUGUGUAUUCUUGGGUAGACUGGGUGCAUUCAGGAGGUGGGUGCCGCAGUGAUCGGGGGCAGCCAGGAAAUAAAACUGCCACUGCUGGUACCCAAGACCCCAGAGGCUUCAUCUCUGAAUGCCUUUUGUCUCUUAAGUUUUAUUUCCGAGUACAAGUUGGGGUUUUAGGUUUUGCUUGUGGUUCUUCUUUUAAAAAAUUUAUUAUAUAUUGCAGUUUGAGGUAUCAGUCCCUAUUUUACAUGAUGCAUUUACUACUACUGUAAUAGUACUGUCAGCAGCAGUGAAACUGACAGGAGUUACCUGGGUCUUGCCUUGGUAGAGUUGGUAAAAGGCAGUUUAGACACUUGAUGUAGCUGGAUAGCUGCCCGGUGCUGUGCUCCUUUGUUUCCUGCUAACCCCCGGGGGCUGUGUGGGUGGAGGGACUUCCAGCAGUUAGGAGGAAGCCCCAGGUAAACUUGUUUUUGAACUGAUGGCUCUGCAGCUUUAAUAGAGAGAGAUUCUUUGCUAUAGGACUCCAGUUCUGAUUCACAGAACUGGAGUGCGACAGCGUGCUUGCUCUUAGCAUUAUAUUUUUGAAGAGCCGCAUAUGAAAGGGAAAAUUUAACUGGGGAAGUGCUUAGGUGAUAAAGGGAUUUCUGGCAGUAACUAGGAAGUACAAUAAUGGUUUGUUUCAUUUGAGGCUGAUCCUGAUAUUUGUAGUCUUUACAUCCUAUUAAUUCCUUGAAAGAUAAGCUGAUACAAGCAUGACUUGCCAGGGCCAAUGGCUUUUCUAAAAGUCUUGGCUUAGGUUAUAUCCCCCUUCUCUACACAUAUAAGAUAAAAGCAUUGUGAAUAUGAGGUUAACUGAAUUCAAAUAGAAGACUCUCUAGAGUUAUUGCAUUCCUUAGAAAAUAAAUACAUUUCUCAUAUGGUUGAGAUUGAUCAAAAAAGUGUUCUGUAUGCCAGUGAUUACAUUCCCAUCUGUGAUUAAGGUUUUCUGUCUGCAUCUGGUUUUCACAUUAUAUUUCUGUAACAAGAAUCCUUUAUAUGGCAGAGUUCACUCUCUGUAUUUUCUAUUAGCUGCAGCUUGAACUACUGCACGGAUCGCAGAUUUACACAUGUGGUUUUCAUUACUUCAUACCAUUGAGAAAAAGUAAUAUUUGUUUGGGAAAGUAUGUUUUUCAAAAUUUCCAUGGUAAUACAACAUGUUGAUCCUUUUUUAUAACACUCAUGUAAGACUACAAAUUGUUUGAGGCAUUCUGCUUUCACUGAAGCUCAGACAUUAGACAGUUUUGCAUGUACAUUUGAACAACAGCAGCAGUUUACAAUUCAGGAAGCAAAAAUACAUUUAGAGAAGGAGAUUAGUGUAGAAUGGGUAUAGCAAAAUGCAUCCAUCACUUUGGAAAAUGUGGCAAAUAGAAAAAAUGAGCAUGGGCCUGAAACAAAGGAAGAGUAGCAAAUGGAAGUGAUGUCUUCAUUGUAAAGUGGAUGACAGAUUUUUUUUUUUUAAUAAGAACUUUUUUACAGUAAGAUGUGUAAAAUAUUUUACCAGCUAUGGAAAAUGAGUAGGCUAUUCAGCAGAAAUAUUGAAUUUUUAUAUAUUACAUAGUUUAACAUAUUUGACCAUAAUUGUUUCUAGUGGCCAAAUUAGAAAAAGUUAGCAAAACAUGAAUAUAUCUUUACAAAUGUGUAACUCUGAAUCCAAAAUAUGAUGUAUUCCACUAUAAGACAGUAUUUCAGCCAGAUUGUGCUAUUGUCACUUGGUAGAAAACUUAAUGUUUAAAUGAUCUCAGUGAAAUUAAUAGGGCCACUUGGUCAGUGGAGAAUUUUUCAGUUUUGGUAGGGUUUAUGGGUUUAUGGCCAUAAAAAUCAGAUCAAACAAUAACAACAAUUCAGAGAAUGCUGCAUGCAUUUAUGGAAAUUUAAAGUGUUACACAAAAGUCUAGGCAAUUGAAAAAUACACAAUUCAUGCUAGGGGCACAACUGAAAGGUAAAUUUAUUGCCUAUGUAAGAACAUUGUGACAAGUAGAGAAUUACAUACAAAAUAAAAAUCAUUUUAUUAAAGUAGUUAUUGUACCCAAGUUGUGGAGUCUUAACCACAUUUUGGAGGUUAUUUUCCAAAUGCCAGAGGCAGUUGUGUCACUUUGAGAGCUCCACAGUUGCCAAAUUCUGGGUAGAAUCCUGCAGUCCUUACCACUUGUUUUCAUUGAAAUCAGUGGAAUUUUGGCUUCUCUCAGGACUGCGGGGAAAUGUCUGACCACGACCGCUGGAAAGAAAGGACGGACUUUGGUGAACUCCUUUGUUCUGUAACCUUAACUUUAACUUGGGAAGGUUUGUUUUGAUUUGAGAAGGGUGCUUGUUUGUGGGAAGGAUUGCAGUUUCUAGCACAAACACAAAUGUGAUCUUUUGCAAAUGCCCUUUGGCAAUGAAUUUUUUUUGCAGAAAGAUCUUGUGCAGGAGAAGGUUGGGGCUGGAUUCUGGGUUAGAUGCAUGAGCUGCGGCCGGAUCCUUGUGCAUGCUUAACUUGAUGUCCUGAAACACUUGAACAGUCAUUGCAGAUUGAAGCAUAUUGAUCUCUGGGCUGGUGAACAUAAUAUCUGUCCCAGUCAGAAAAGGAAAGAGGAAAUUAGCAGAGCGAUUGGUGGAGAAUGAUAUCUGUCAAAAGAAACACUUGGAGAGCACUGAGUUUAGUGAUAGGUGACUGCCGGAAAAAAGGGAACUUUGAAUUUUGUCAAGAUCGCACUGAGAAGCAUUCCACAAUGCCAGACUCACCUGUGGAUGUGAAGACACAAUCCAGGCUGACGCCUCCAACCAUGCCACCUCCUCCCACUACCCAAGGAGCUCCAAGAACCAGUUCAUUUACGCCCACAACGUUAACCAAUGGCACUAGCCAUUCACCAACAGCGUUAAAUGGAGCUCCAUCUCCUCCUAAUGGCUUUAGCAAUGGGCCAUCCUCUUCCUCUUCCUCUUCUCUGGCUAACCAGCAGUUACCGCCAGCUUGUGGAGCUAGGCAGCUCAGCAAACUGAAGAGAUUUCUUACGACCUUACAGCAGUUUGGCAAUGACAUUUCACCAGAGAUUGGGGAGAGAGUGCGUACCCUUGUGCUAGGACUUGUGAAUUCUACUUUGACAAUUGAAGAAUUUCAUUCCAAACUGCAAGAAGCUACUAACUUCCCACUGCGACCUUUUGUCAUCCCAUUUUUAAAGGCCAAUCUGCCCCUGCUGCAGCGGGAGCUGCUGCACUGUGCAAGGCUAGCCAAGCAGAACCCAGCCCAGUACCUCGCUCAGCACGAACAGCUGCUUCUGGAUGCCAGCACCACCUCACCUGUUGACUCCUCAGAGCUGCUUCUCGAUGUGAACGAAAACGGGAAGAGGCGAACUCCAGACAGAACCAAAGAAAAUGGCUUUGACAGAGAGCCUUUGCACUCAGAGCAUCCAAGCAAGCGGCCCUGCACUAUUAGCCCAGGCCAGCGGUACAGUCCAAAUAAUGGCUUAUCUUAUCAGCCCAAUGGUCUGCCUCAUCCCACCCCACCUCCACCUCAGCAUUAUCGUUUGGAUGAUAUGGCCAUUGCCCACCACUACAGGGACUCAUACAGACACCCCAAUCACAGGGACCUCAGGGACAGAAACAGACCUAUGGGGUUGCAUGGCACGCGUCAAGAAGAAAUGAUUGAUCACAGGCUAACAGACAGAGAAUGGGCAGAAGAGUGGAAACAUCUUGACCAUUUGUUGAACUGUAUAAUGGACAUGGUGGAAAAAACCAGACGCUCUCUCACAGUCCUGCGGCGAUGUCAGGAAGCAGACCGCGAGGAGCUGAAUUACUGGAUACGGCGGUACAGUGAUGCGGAGGAUUUAAAAAAAGGCGGAAACAGCAGCAGUAGUCAUUCCAGACAGCAGAGUCCAGUGAAUCCAGAUCCAGUUUCAUUAGAAUCUCAUCGGGAAUUCCUUCACAGGCCUGCGUCUGGAUACGUGCCAGAGGAGAUCUGGAAGAAAGCUGAGGAAGCUGUCAAUGAAGUGAAGCGCCAGGCGAUGGCCGAGCUGCAGAAGGCAGUGUCGGAGGCCGAGCGGAAGGCUCACGACAUGAUCACUUCGGAGAGGGCCAAGAUGGAGCGCACUGUUGCCGAAGCCAAGCGCCAGGCGGCAGAGGACGCCCUGGCUGUCAUCAACCAGCAGGAGGAUUCAAGUGAGAGUUGCUGGAACUGUGGCCGGAAAGCUAGUGAAACCUGCAGUGGUUGCAACACAGCACGAUACUGUGGCUCAUUUUGCCAGCACAAGGACUGGGAGAAGCACCAUCACAUCUGUGGACAGACCCUCCAAGCCCAGCAGCAAGGAGAGACACCAGCAGUGAGCUCCUCCGUGACACCCAGCAGCGGGGCCGGGAGCCCCAUCGACACUCCACCAGCAGCUACUCCAAGGUCCACCACCCCGGGAACCCCUUCCACCAUAGACGCGACUCCUCGCUAAAACCGAACUCCAAACUCCGAAAACAAAAACACAACAGAAAAUGAAACCAAUUCCUCAUCCUCAGAUGCGCAAAGAUUUUAACUGAACUGUCAUAUUUCAAUACUUCAAUAAAGAAAGAACUUACUGUAUCUUGGGGUGGUAGAAAAUACAGAAGGCCAGUAACGGGUCAUAAUGACUUAUUGUGGAUAACAAAGAUAUCUUUUCUUUAGAAAACUGAAAAGAGAGCAGAGAAUAUACACAAAAUGAUAGAUUUGACCUCCUCCCUGUUAUUUUCCAGUAGCUGGGAUUUUAAACUAGAUGACCUCAUUAACAGAUGCUUUACCAAACAGCAAACCAAGAGAUUGCUAAUUGCUGUUGAAAGCAAAAUGCUAAUAUUAAAGUCACAAUGUUCUUUAUAACAAUAAUGGAAAUUUAAAAAAAAAAAGAGAGAGAGAAAAAAAUAACCCUCAAGGGCAUGAGCAUUGGAUACAGCAGUAGACAUUUUAACAAGAAGAUGAAUGGCGUCCGUGGGUUACUGACUGAACUUUGAAGACCCGCAUCAAAACGCGCAGAUGUGCAGCAGAUUGGAAGGAGACACAGAUGUUCAUUUUUUUUUUCCUGUUUCUAAAAGAAAUAAAAUAAUACCCAGGUCAACAGAAUGAAAAAUGAAAGAUGAUUUGCAGUGGGAUGUAGGACUACAGCAGCAAAGACAAAAAAAAUGCCAUAAUACAAAAGGCUUUUUUUUUUUUUCUUUUUUCCUUUUAAAUACAGAAAUAAGGGACACAGCCUGCAGUUAAUUAGCAUCCUGGCAGCUUUGACAUCAGCCAGCUGCUCCAACUAAACCUUUCAACAUUUCUUCACUUUUUUUGCAAGGUUCCACAGAGUAUGACAAUCGGGUCUAUUCCAGCUCAUUCAUUUUUGUAUUGAAAAUUAAUAAUAGUUAAUAACACGGUGGCUCCAGCCCCUUUCCAAAUUCUUUCCACCCAUCCUGUUUGGAUUUUUAAUUAAGAAAAAAUAAAAAAGAAAAAAAAAAGAAAAAAUAAAAAAAGAAAGAAAAAAAAAUCCCCUAGUAGUUCUCUUGGUGUUAAAACACUUCUGUCCUGUGAGGUUUCCCAAUGGUGUUUUUCUUGUAAAUGUGUUGGACAAAUGUGAAGAUGCAUUGUAGUUUAACCAUGCUCACAUUUAGUCUUCUUUAUUCCUAGUUGGUGAUAAACCUGUAACUUUCUAUGCUGCUUUUAUAUCUGUAUGUAUUAGUGAUAUUUCUCUAGUAGCUUAAAAAAAAGAAAAAAGAAGAAAAAAAAAAGAAAAAACCACCCUUUUUUGUUUGUCCUGAAGAAAAAACAAAUGCUAUCUAUUGGAGCUGCUAUUUCACUCUGUUAUAGAAUUUUUUUUCUGAAAACUAGCAUGCUUCACGGAAUGCUAACAUAUUGGUGUUUUUGUAAGAGGGAUGUACAUAAAUGUAUUUUGCACUGUCACAAUGACUCCCUAGGCAUGCUUUUUUUUGGGCAAACUCUUUUUAAAUAUGCUAGAGCCAUUUCACCAAGUUUAUCUGUAGCAUAGAGUAGUGGUGGAUUUUUUUUUCAAAAAUUCACUAAUAGGGAUGUUUUUAUAAAAAAAUAAAAUGAA